AUGCCUAUCGGGAUCAGUCCUCCGGAGCUCAACUUCCACAGGCCCUUCACUGUGGAAGUUGCGCAGGUCCUCAAGAUCAAGAACAACAACCAGGCGCCCAUUGCGUUCAAGGUCAAAACGACAGCUCCCAAACAGUACUGCGUUCGACCAAACUCAGGCCGCAUCGAGCCGGGCCACGAGGUUGAAGUUUCGGUACUCCUACAGGCUAUGAAGCAGGAGCCGCCCCUUGAAGCACGCUGCCGCGACAAGUUCCUCGUCCAGUCUGUAGAGAUUACCGGCGACAAGGAGUUUACAAAUGUAGCGCAAAUUUGGGAGUCGGUGGACAAGGCGGCCAUCCAGGAGAAGAAAAUACGUGUGUCCUGGCUCCUGCCUUUAGACGGUUCGCAUGGACAGCAGCCCGAGAGCGUCAGCACGCCGGUCCGCUAUCCGCAUUCAAAUGGGGUCGAGGCAACUCCCGAUGUUGCACCUCCGGCGUACUCGUCUCCCAGCGAAGGCAACGUCAUUGCCAGCAGCGUGGCGAUCUCAGAAAUGGAUACCCAUGAUGCCGACGAGUCCCCUGAACCUACACAGGCUACCUUCUCGGCGCCUACCGUGGCUGCCGUGAAAGCAUCCGCCGUCGAAACUUACGAGGAGCUGAAGGAUAAGUUAUCCCAGGCCGAGUCAAAACUCGCCUCAAUCACGAACGAGGCCACGAGCGGCUUGAGACAGCGACAGAUGGCUGGCUCGGACGAGAAAUCCGGGGGACAAGUCCAGGAGCAGGCACAGGCAGUAAGGCAAAGCACAGAAGGCGUGCCAGUUCAGAUUGCGGCAUUACUCUGUCUCAUCAGCUUUCUCUUGGCUUACUUCCUGUUCUGA